UGCAGUGCACCCUGCUCAGUCUGCGCCCAGUGAGCCGCAGGGAGACCAUGGAACCGGUACCGCUGCAGGACUUCGUGCGCGCCCUGGACCCCACCUCCCUCCCGCGUGUUCUGCGGGUCUGCUCGGGGGUUUACUUCGAGGGCUCUGUGUACGAGGUCUGCGGGAGCGAGUGCUGCCUCUCCACAGGGGACCUGAUCAAAGUGACCCAGGUCCGCCUCCAGAAGGUGGUCUGCGAGAAGCCGGGCACAGGCCAGACACUGGAGCUCAGCCCCAGCUUCCAGGGCUCCUUCAGCCCCCUGCCCAGCCCCACGGGCUACAGGACCCUGGAGGAACUGGUCUCUGCGGCCGCUCGGAGCCCCCUGCAGCCGCCCCUGUACUUCACGUCGGCCCGCGACCUCACCACGGAGGCCGGGGCCGUGCCCAAGGACCAGCCCCUCAGGCUUGAGGCCGUGGAAGUGAGACUCGGCUCGCCCUGCGCCCGCUGCGUCCUGGAUGCGGGAUCCCAGCCGGUCACCCUGCACCUGCCGCUGUCCCAGAAGGGGCCCUUCUGGAAGUGGGAGCCCCGCGGCCCUCGAACCCUGCUGGAGGCCCUGCAGGAACCGGAUCUAAAGGAGCUCACCUUCACCUGCCCCACCCUGCCCUGGAGCUCCCUGGCCCUGAGGCCCCAGUACGAGAUCCAAGCCAUCAUGCACAUGCGCAGGAGCCUGGUGCGGAUCCCCUCGAGCCUGGAGGUGGACGUGGAGGACGUCACGGCCUCCUCGCAGCACGUGGCCUUCAUCCGGCCGCUGCAGCUCAGCGAGGUGCUGGCCCGCGGCGGCCCCUUCCCGCUGCACGCCGAGAUCCUGGAGGCGCCCGACGGCCCGCCCUGCUUCUGCAGCCCCUGGGCCCGCUCGCUGCGCAGAGGCCAGGGGCUGGGCCCUCUCUGCCUCGCGGGGGGCUUCGUGGAGGAGGUGACCGACGGCCAGCGCUACAGCCUGGCCGACCUGGCCGCCCAGUUCUCGCUGCCCUGCGAGGUCAAGGUGGUGGCCAAGGACGCCAGCCUCCCCGCCGACCCCUUGGCCGCCUUCCCGGGCCUGCGGCUGGAGGAGAAGAUCACAGAGCCCUUCUUGGUGGCCAGCCUGGACUCCGAGCCGGGGACGGGGAGCAGCACGGGGUGUGGAGCCAGCACCUCGGAGGCCGGCUGUGGUCUGGGUGUGACGUGGCCCCGCGGUGGCCCUGUGCAAGGUGGGACACGGCGCAGCCGUCCUCACCCACCCAGGAGAGCCCGAGCAUUCUGGGUCAGGGAACGGCCUUCCCUGACCUGGUCUGGGCUCCGAGUCUGUGUCCUGGACUUCACCGCUGGCUCAGGGGGCCACUUUCUCCAGCAGCACCCCCAGCUGCCCCAGCCCAAGGCCCAGGACGGCGCCCUGUACAGCACGGUCCCUGCCCUCCUGCAGGACCCCCGGCCCACGCGGCCCACAGUGCAGGACCCAGACGACGUCGGACACGACUAUGAAGAAAUACUCGAGGACUUCCAGAAAAUCGAGGCUCCUCGACUGUGGCCUCUUGGGGGACCCAGGACAGCGGUCCCCACAGACCUCGGGCAGGGCCUCCCAGAGGUCGGGCUGCAGACGGAGCAGCGCUGCGGGCCGUGGGGGACACCGCCUCGGCCUACCCGGCUGGAGCAUCCUCCACCUGGACCUGGCACCCCCGCGCAGAGGGCCCAGCCGUUCUCAGUCCUGCCGCCCCCAGAGGCAGCCGGCCCGAGGGCAGUGCAGGGCGCACGGCCUCUCGGAAAGGAGGCAGUCCCUCUCCCGACCGCAUGGCCCUGAGCCCACCCACCCGCGCUCGGGGCCCACAGCCUGGGCGCCGUCCUGCUGGACCAGCACGCGGAGUGGGAGCUCGGUUUCCAGGGCGGAACUCCGAGCUGGAGGUGAGACCAGGAGGCACCCCAGUAUCGGCCCUCCGAGUGGGGGCGCUGCAAAAGCCCGGCCGGUCACUGGUGCUGCCCGGACGGACGGCCAUGAGCGGCACCGGGCUCCGUGCAGGUGGUGACGCGGCCGUCUGCAGGCCCGCUCGCAUCCCUCGCUGCUGAGGUGGACGGUGGCUCUGGUGCUCAGGCGCGGCGUGGGGUUAAUGGUGCUGGACUCCCCUGUGGCCGACCACGGCUUGGGUCCCGGACCUGGCAGCUUGCUUUCUCAAUUUCUCUCUCUCCCUCUCUUUCUCUUU